AUGUCCUCGCUAUUUGUGCCCGAAGAAGAGGAGUAUGACGAUAAACAAGAAACGCUUUUUGUUCCUGAAGACCAGGAAACUGUGAGUGUCAGUGAAGGCUCUACAGUACCACCACGCAAAGAACCCCAGCCAAUUGACCAGGAAGAAGAGUAUGUGGAGCCAGAAAACCAGCCUGAGAUCUCUGCUGAACGUACAAAAGCUUUAUAUGAGCGUACUAUGAAGCAAACAGAGGAGGGCUCUAUACCUGUGGUGAGAGAAGAGAAGGCAGAGGUGACUGCUAUAUAUGAAGCCAGAGAAGUGUGUUGCAUGCUACCGUUGGGGUUUUACCAGGAGAUUGUGGAGACGAUGUUGUCUAAAGAUGGGCUUUUGAUAUUGGGGAGGGGGCUAGGAUGUGAGGUGAUCACUGCUAACUUGUUGUAUGCUCUUAGUCUGCCUUCAGUGACGCUAGAAAGCGGGAAAACGACUACCAAGAAGAAAUCGUUGGUGAUUUUGCUUGGUGCUGGCGAGGAGGAAAUUGUCAAAUUGAACGAUUUGCUUGUAGAGCUUCGCUGGAUGAAUGCUGCUGCAGGGAACGAAACUUCAGAUAACGACUGGGACCCUGCAUUGCGUGUGGUUGGAGGUUCAGAUUUGGCUAAUACGAAUAAGCGCCGGGAAAUGUACAUGAAGGGAGGCGUGCUAAGUAUCAGUCUGAGGAUUUUGGUGGUGGACAUUCUUUCUGGGAUUUUGAAACCACUGGACAUUACGGGGUUCUAUGUGCUUCACGCAGAAAGAGUCAGAGAAACGUCGAACGACUCGUUUAUUAUUAAUUUGUACCGUGACGAAAACGAUUGGGGGUUUGUCAAGGCUGUUUCUGAUGAACCUGAGUCUUUUACGGGCUUCACUCCACUUGCUAACAAACUUAAGUUUCUUCGAUUGAGCAAUGUGUUUUUAUGGCCUCGGUUCCAUGUGGAGGUCACUUCGCUGUUGCUUUUGAGGUCUUCCAAGCUGCAGAGUAAGAGAAGCACGGUGACAGAAGUCAAUGUUAAGUUAUCUGCCAAAAUGACCAAGAUUCAGUCUGCCAUUCUUUCGUGUUUGACUGCAUGUCUUCAGGAACUCAAAAGGCAUAAUCCAACUUUAGAUACAGAAUAUUGGGACGUGGAGAACUUGCACGAUACAGAUUUCGUUACACGAGUACGACUUUCUCUUGAGUCCCAGUGGCAUAGAAUAUCCUGGACUUCCAAGCAGCUCGUUUACGACUUGGGCACGCUUAAGGAACUUCUUUCAAGUCUUCUUCAUGACGAUUCGUUGACGUUUUAUCAGCGUGUACAGGGUAUUGUCGAUACGAAUAUCCGUUCUUCUGGAGCAGGAACUAUGAACGCUACCACUAUGAGUCCUUGGCUUAUGAUGGAUGAAGGUACUACCAUUACUGCUUUUGCUAAAGAGCGUGCAUUGGGUAGAGUAACUGUGGCUACAGACGAUGCCGAAAAUGGCCUGGGAGCUGUAGACAAAGCGAAUGGAAAGACUCAGGUCUAUAAUUUGGAAGAGCUUCCUAAGUGGGAGCAGCUUGUCAUUCUUGUGGACGACAUUAUACACGAAAGGUCGAUCGAUAAUACAAAAACUGAAGGGCCCAUUUUGAUCAUGUGUGCUUCGACCAAGACAGCACAGCAAUUGAGCUCGAUAUUGUCCAAGGCCAAGAAGAAGGUCCAUGAGCCUACGGGGCGUAAAUGGUUCUCAUGCAAAGGCUACAUGGUUGGAAAGCUUCGUGAGUACCUUCAAUGGAAAGAGCUUAUUUCAUUGACAAAACGACUCAACACAGAGUUAUCAGAGAAGCCUGCUGAAGACAGCAAAGAAGGAACACCUGAAACUAGCACUGGUGACGAACAACUUAAUACCAGUAAGACCUUUUCAAGAGGCAAUAACGCUCCACGAAGCAAAAGAAGAAGAACUCGUGGCGCCGCUGCAGUUGCAAAUGUGGCACGGUUGUACUCUGGAAGUGACUACGAAAAGAACGCUGGAGCAGUCGAUUUGGAGCAAGAUAUCAUUGAUCGUUUGGAACAAGACGUCAAGGAGGAGUACGACAGUAAUGAUGAGCUCGAGGAAGUGGAGAUCGUGGAAAAUGAAAAAGAACACGAAGAGGUUACAGAAGAUAAUCUCGAUAAUCCUUUUGCCAAUCUUGAAGCACCUCAUGUGAGAACCGCUGCAAUUGACUUGGAGCAUAUUGAAAAGUACAACCAGGUUAUCAUCGAGACAUACAACGAGAAAACCAACGAGACGUUGCUCCAAGAACUCUGUCCGCUGUACAUCAUCAUGUACGAGCCAGACCUUGCUUUUAUCAGACGAGUGGAAGUGUACCAUGCAACGAACCCUGCGCUUGAUCCCAAGACAUACUUCAUGUAUUAUGGAACAUCAGUGGAGGAGCAACGCCAUUUAUUAAGGAUCAGAAAGGAAAAGCUGGCUUUCACUAGUCUUAUUCGAGAGAAGGCCAACCUUGGAAAAAGGUUCGCCACAGAACAGGAUAACUGGAAGUUCCACCUUCGCAAGAAACAAGUGGUUAAUACCAGAAUUGCAGGUGGAGCUCAGUUCCGUACAGAGGAGGAUGAAAUGAGAGUUAUUGUGGAUUCCAGAGAGUUCCGGUCGUCUUUACCCAAUUUGCUUUACAGAGUCGGUAUCCAGGUGAUUCCGUGUAUGCUUACAGUUGGUGACUAUGUCAUAUCGCCCAAAAUCUGUGUGGAAAGAAAGUCUAUUCCUGAUUUAAUUGGAUCCUUCAAGAGCGGCAGACUUUACCAGCAGUGUGAACAGAUGUUCCGUCACUACGAGAUCCCAGCGUUAUUAAUUGAAUUCGACGAGUCUAAGUCCUUCUCGUUUGAGCCAUUUGCAGAGAUACGUCCACCGGGAUUCAAAGCUACCAACCCGAUUGCCAGCAAAAUCUCCAAAAAAGAGAUCCAACUGAAAAUCACCGAACUCCUCAUUUCCUUCCCAAAACUCAAAGUCAUCUGGUCGUCUUCCCCCUACGAAACCGCCCAGAUCUUCCUCGAGCUCAAAGCCAGUCAGAAAGAACCAGACGUCGAAGAAGCCCUAGCCAAAGGCGUCAACCCAGCCAUUUCCACCAGUGGCGGGCCUCCAAUGUACAACGACGACGCCAUUGACCUCCUACAAACCAUUCCAGGAAUCAACAACGUCAACUACACUACCGUGAUUCUGAAAGUGAAAAAUAUGCGAGACUUUGUGGCUCUCUCCAAAACACAGUUCACCGAAAUGCUAGGAGACGAAAACGGAAACAAAGCAUACAACUUCAUAAACCGUUUUAUCAGAUAA